CGCACACGUCUUCAAAAAGCCUUUGUUGCAGAGAAACGAGAAAGAGAGAGGGAAAAAUGUUCAUGAAAAAAGACGUUGAGAGCGGUGGUGGAGGUGACAGACCCCUCUACCCCAACAUGCUCGAGAAUCCUCAACUUCGUUGGUCCUUCAUACGCAAGGUUUACUGCAUCCUCACCUUCCAAUUGCUUCUCACCGUCGCCGUCGCCGCCGUUGUUGUCUUCGUCCGCCCCAUCCCCCACUUCAUCGUUUCCACCACCCCAGGCCUUGUUCUCUACUGUGUACUCAUCUUCAUUCCUUUUAUCACGUUGUGCCCUCUUUACUAUUACCACCAGAAACACCCUCUCAAUUAUUUCCUUCUCUUCAUUUUUACCGUUACCAUGGCCUUUGCCGUUGGACUGACUUGCGCUUUUACUAGCGGGAAAAUUAUUCUGGAGUCUGUGAUAUUGACUACAGUGGUGGUGAUCAGCCUGACUAUCUACACAUUUAUUGCCGCAAGGAGAGGCCAUGAUUUCAACUUUUUGGGCCCAUUCUUGUUUGGAGCCAUGCUAAUUCUUAUUGCCUUUGCCCUGAUACAGAUUCUAUUUCCAUUGGGUAAGCUUUCAUUGAUGAUCUACGGGGGCCUGGCAUCACUUAUAUUUUGUGGCUACAUCAUAUAUGACACAGACAACCUCAUAAAGAGGUUCUCAUACGAUCAGUACAUAUGGGCUUCGGUAUCCUUGUAUUUAGACAUCAUCAACCUCUUCUUGUCUCUGCUUACUAUCUUUAGAGCUCCUUCUAGCUAAGGAGAUAAUUCUAGAAGCAUAUAUUCCUUGCCUUGUUUGCUUUAAGGAACUAUAGUUAUUAGAAAAGAUAGUUCUUAUCAAGAAUUCCAUGUGAGUAUCACGCUGCUGGUAAUCUCUUCAUUAAAAGAUGGAAUUUUGCACUGAAAUGUAAAUAUACAUUUACCAUCUUGAUACUCGCUAUUAACAGCUA